AUGCCUUUGAAAUGGCCCACGACAUCGAAGAGAGAUGUUGAGGCGAUUGAGAGGGUGUGGGCCAAGAUUGUCGAAGAAGAUCGCUUCUUCAAGACCUUGCUUGAUUUUGGCAAUCUGCACAAGGCGGGCUUAAUUACCGAGGCCAAACACGCCCGAAGGAAGAAGGAGAAAGAGGAGGAAGAUAUGGGGAACAAUGUCGUUCGACGUGUUGGUGCGUUAAUUUCAACCGGUACGACAGCUUCGGUUCCGAAGGCGAGGGAAAAUGGGGUUUCGCCUGUUGAUCUUCGGUAUGAUGUGUUGAUGGCCCACAGUGCCUCUGGUAGUAUUUCUGGUCAUUCACCUUGA